AUGGCCGAAAUUUUUGAACAAAUAGACGACGGCGAGUUACCUGUUUUGACAUACAGGGAACAAAGUAACAAGAUACAACAGUGGUCUUUUGCGUAUACACAUCUUAUCGAGGCAACAAAACUUUUCAAUUUUAUUUUUGGACUACAGAUUACGGUAAUGUUGUUAUCAGCGAUUGCAUACAUCAGCAUAUUUUUAUAUGCAUUUACAUUUAUAAGUGUCACUAUAUUUAAAACUAAAAGAUGGGCGUUGUUUAAAAUUUGCUUUAAACUAGUACUAAACCAAGUUGAAAUAGUUUUUCUGUCAAAAGCGGCACAGAAAAUGCAAAAUAAUGUAGAUAUAUUAAAACGCUGCCUGGCGAAACUACAAAUUUACUCACUUCAAGAUAUAGAAAUAUACAGAGCUACAAAAGACCUGCUUCGAUUUGUUUCCAAUCGUCCAUUACAGAUCCGGGCAUUUGGAUCCAUUGUAGUCGACAUGAGCUUACCGCCAACAUGCGUCAUGCUAUUUACUUCUUAUACAAUUAUAGCAUUACAAUUUAACAAUGUAUUGUAA